CCAUAACAUAUCUAUUAUUAGCCAUUGGCACAAUCUUUUCUUAGCAACCAACAUGCAUGCUUAUAACUUGCCUAAUAUUCUCCUAAUUCUUUUGCUAGCAUCAUCCGCAAUCUUAAAACCCCCUAAUUCAAUCUCAGUUGAGGCUCGAAAAUUAGCCACUUCUAAUGGUGUCUUCAAGGUUGAACUCAUCCAUCGCGAUUCACCACUUUCGCCUUACUACAACUCUUCCAUGACACCACAAGAGCGCCUAAAGAGAGCACCCCUAGGCUAUAUAUCACAUGGCCACAACAUUCAACUAUCCUCAACAAUUUAUAACCUAAAUGAUGAGAAAUCAUACGCCUUAGUUCCUAAUGGUGGAGGAUACCUCAUGAAAAUCGCCCUUGGUACCCCAAAAGUCGAAUUCUUAGCCGUUGCAGACACGGGUAGUGACCUUAUUUGGGUCCAAUGUCAACCUUGUAACAACUGUUUCCGACAACAAUCUCCACUCUUCAACCCAUCCAAAUCUUCGACCUAUCAUGAAAUCCCUUGCAAUUCUCCGGAUUGCACCCAUCCAGACCUUAAAAGUGGUUGUGCUUCGAAUAAUUAUAACAACAAUAACAAUAACAGUAACGAAUCACUAUCAUCAUCAUCAUCAUCGUGUUUAUAUCAGUGUAUUUACGGUGAUAAUACUCAAACUACCGGCGUCCUAGCCACUGAAACACUUAGCUUACCCUCUCCUGAUGCUACCUCACCGAGUCUUUCGUCCACAUCCCUUUUCGGGUGUGGGAUGGACCAACAAGGCUCUGUUGGCACCCAAGGAGAGGGGAUCGUUGGACUAGGGACAGGCCCGUCUUCCUUGAUCUCGCAACUUGGUUCAAAAAUCAACUACAAGUUCUCUUACUGCUUAGCUCCUUUAACUUCCGACGUCUCAAGCAAGCUUACCUUUGGAGCCGAUGUAACCGGGUCUGAAGUAGUGUCAACUCCCUUCAAAAUAGGAGAACGCCCCACAUAUUACCUCCUUAACCUCGACAGCAUUAGCGUCGAGGGUAGGGAUAACCCGGUCCAAAUUCCAGUACGUAUGGACGUGAUCAUCGACUCUGGCACCACUCUGACAAUGCUCCCAUCUAACAUCUACAUCGACUUAAGGGCUGCUUUGGUGAAUGCCAUUGGACUUAGCACCAUACCGAGCCCAAUCGAAGAUUACGACCUCUGUUACAAUACAGAGUCCUUAGGGCAGUUUAGCCCUCCAAACGUUGCAUUCCAAUUUCAAGGGGCCGAAGUCGUGUUAAAGACAAUCAAUACAUUUCGGCAAAUUGAGGACAAUGUAAGUUGCUUGGCAAUGUUAGCUACGGAUGGUACUCCAAUAUUCGGGAACAUUGCUCAAGUUAAUUUCGAGGUCGGGUAUGAUUUACAAGCUAAGCAAGUUUCUUUUGCUCCAGCAGAAUGUACUAAUUAACUAGCUUAAUUAAUCGUUAUUUCUAUUUUUACUUGUACUUCCUAAUGGUUAGGUUUGUUUGUAUGGGCACAAGUAUGUUUAUAUUGAUAUUUCUUCAUGUAAUGAACGUUUUGAAUUUCUGUAUCAAUAAGCUAUAAGCUUCAUGUAUGUCUGAAAGUACAUUUGCCUUAUAUUUUCUGUAUCAAUGUGAGUACGUUUUAGGAAAGUUAUUAUACCAUUUGGAAAUAAUAAAAAAACUUAGAUUGAAAUCAUGCAA